UCCAUUUCUAAUUGAUCCAACUACACAGCCUCACAGUACGACGACGACGACGACGGCGAGGACGAGGACGAGGACGAAACCCUAAAAUUCGACGAAGAGAGAAGAAAUUUUGGGCGAACGAUUCCAUUUUUAAUCGAUCCAACCAAAUCCGCGUGACUACAACCACGACGAAGGAGAAACCCUAAGAGAUCGAUGAAGAGGGAGGAGACUACCUUCGGCGGAAGCGCGAUGCAAGACCUCUUCGGAUCCGUGCGCCGAUCCUUCGUCGGAAGACCAAACCCUAGCGCGGAGGAGAGAUCCAACGGCGGAGGGGUGAGCCGGAUCGCGGAGAAGAUCGGAUCUUGCCUCAGGAAAUCGAGGGUCGGAUUGGACAUAGGGUUAGGGUUAGGGUUCUUGCCCAAGAGCCUAACCCCGCCCCGAAGGAUUGCAAGCACCGCUGCCGCCGAGGUCGAGGCCCCUCAGAUCCGGUGGAGGAAGGGGGAGCUUAUCGGUUGCGGCGCCUUUGGACACGUCUAUAUGGGCAUGAAUCUAGAUUCCGGGGAGCUAAUCGCCAUUAAGCAGGUUUUGAUCGGUGCGAGCAAUGCUUCCAAAGCAAAAGCCCAAGCUCAUAUCAGGGAACUCGAGGAAGAAGUGAAGCUUCUCAAGAACCUUUCUCAUCCGAACAUUGUUAGAUACUUGGGAACUGCAAGAGAGGAAGAGACAUUAAAUAUCCUGUUAGAGUUUGUUCCGGGCGGAUCUAUUUCAUCAUUGCUUGGGAAAUUUGGAUCAUUUCCUGAGGCUGUUAUUAGAAUGUACACGAAACAGCUUUUGCAAGGAUUAGAGUAUCUACAUCGUAAUGGAAUUAUACACAGGGAUAUAAAGGGGGCAAACAUACUUGUCGAUAACAAAGGUUGCAUUAAGCUUGCCGACUUUGGGGCAUCUAAGCAAGUUGCUAAGCUGGCAACUAUGACAGCUGCUAAGUCUAUGAAAGGUACUCCGUAUUGGAUGGCACCAGAAGUAAUUGUUCAAAGUGGACAUAGCUUCUCUGCUGACAUUUGGAGUGUUGGUUGUACUGUUAUUGAAAUGGCUACUGGUAAACCGCCGUGGAGCCAGCAAUAUCAAGAGGUUGCCGCAUUAUUCCAUGUGGGGACAACAAAGUCACAUCCACCUAUUCCAGAGCAUCUCUCCUUGGAGGCCAAGGAUUUUCUUCUGAAAUGCUUACAGGAAGAACCAAGCUUGCGGCCUACUGCAUCAGAUCUGCUCCAGCAUCCAUUUGUUACGGGAGAAAUUGAGGAUCCACAUCAAUCAAGUCAUGCAAUGAAAAAACUGCUUGAAUUAUGGGGAUUAUGUAUACCUUCAAAUCUGUUUAACGGCUUGAAUAAUGAUAACUGUGAUCAUUGCAGCUGCUCAACUAUGAAAUCUAAUAACGUCUUGAGAGCCGGUCCAAUCUGGGAUUCUAUGAACAAUGACGACAUGUGUCAAUUUGCUGAUGCAGAUGAUUUUCCAGUGGUUGGAUCAAGCUUCAAUCCAAUGUCUGAACCAUUUGAUGAGUGGCCAUGCAAUCUCAAGAUAAGUGCAGAAAUAAAAAUGAGUCAAAAAGACUUUGGUGAAUUGUUAAAUGGUGCUCCCAACGGUGGUAAGGAUAGGGAAAAUGAGUUCACUUUCCCUUGUGACUCAAUGUGUGAUGAUGAUGAUGAAGUCACAGAGUCAAAAAUUAGGGCUUUUCUUGAUGAGAAGGCUCUCGAUCUAAAGAAACUGCAGACACCUUUAUAUGAGUUCUACAACACCUUGAAUGCCACCAAUUCUCGAUGUGUUACCAGUAUUUGCAAUGAAAAUAUAAUGGCUAAUUCAAAAUUGCCUCCUAAAUGCAAGUCUUCACCAAAGAAGGUUGUUAGUGGGACAUCUACGCCACAGUCUGAUAAUGAGAAUAAUAAUAAUUUGAGCCCUGGGAGCUGCAGCAUGCGUGCUUCGGUCAGCACUUUGGAGAAUAGUCGAAUUUUAAGAGAAAUAGCUUCUCCUGAGUGGGGCGAUUCUCUUCAAGAUGCUAAACAAGAACCAACCAGCGCAAGUGUAAGCGCCUCUGAGAAAGAAAGGAAGUGGAAAGAAGAGCUGGAUAUGGAGCUUGAGAGAGGAAGAGAAAUGCGCCAAGCUGGCCUUGGUAAAACAUCUUCUCCAAAGGAAAAAGGCCCGAACCGAAAGAGAGACCGACAACGGUUCACAUCUCCAACCAAGUGAUUGCAGAAGCAUUUCUACCAUAGCCGAACAAAUGGUCCAUCUCAUCCUUUUAAGUUUGGAUAAUACAAAAGGUGUGCCGUUCCAUAAAUGUUGCCCCCAUCUUACCAUCUCUAUUAGUUGACGAGCAGAAGAAGGCUAGAUGUCGAUACCGGAGGCAUUUUUGCUGGUUCAAACACAGAGAGAAUCACGAAGCAAUGCCGAGUGGACAAUGCAGUUGCGAGCUGCCCAGUAAUCUUGUAAUUUGUGAAGAAUGUAAUGUUUCCUUUUUGAAGAAAUUGUUGAUUGCGUAUGACCAUAUUGACUGGCAUGUUUGGAAAUCACAGUUAUAUAAUGUAGGUUUUCCGUGUAGUUUAGUGGACAUAUUUGUUUGCCAUUUGAAUUAUUUAGUCUUUGAAGGAUGCCUACUAAUGUUGUAGUACUAAACAGUAGGUAUUUGCUUCUAGUUUAAGAGGAAAAGAAUAAUGUAAAUUUUAGU